CACAAUUCCCGAUAAAAAUUGCAACACAUUUCAUGAUUUUACUGAACUAAUUACUAAUCAUGUGUUCUAUCCAAGAAGGCGCUAUUGAAAAUCCAAUCAAAACAGAUAAAACUGAGAAGUCCAAAGUUUGUAUGAAAUGUGGCGGAAAAGCUGUCCUUAUCACUAGAAUAAAUGAUCCACUUUGCAGGGACUGUUUUAUGGUAUACACAACACACAAGUUCCGUGCAGCAAUUGGCAAGUCAAAGAUUAUACGAGAUGGAGAAACAGUAUUGGUUGGAUUUUCAGGAGGACAGGCAUCCAGCUGUCUACUACAGUUAAUAAAAGAUGGACUCAGUGAAAGAGCACACAAGAAGCUGAGAUUCAAGCCAAGUUUGUUAUUUAUAGACGAGGGCGCUGCAAUAGAUAUGUCAGCAGAAGAAAGAUUAGAUAGCUGUCAGAAAAUUCUCCAAGUAAUGGCAAAAUCAGGUUAUCCAUGUCAUAUACGAUCCUUAGAAGAGGCCAUGGAUUCAUCCUUCAUUACAACAGACAGUAGCAAAGAUUCCCUUGCUAGUACAGAGCUUCCCGACCUUGAUGAUAAAUCACAAGGUCAAAGGUCAAAUAAAGACCUUGACACUGAUCGACCUAAACCUGCUGAAAAACCCAAAACUAAUGGUUUACCAAUAGACAAAGACUUUAAAGAGAAAUGUAUACAUUAUGAUGAAUCAGAAAUAAAGUUAAAGGAGUUGCUAAAAUCCUUAAAAUCUGUCACAGCUAAGGAAGAUUUAAUCAAAUCACUUAGAUAUAAUAUCUUAAUAGACACAGCAAGAAAGCAUAGCCAUACUAAAGUUAUGACAGGAGAUUGUAGUACCAGGUUGUCAGUUCGAUUGUUGUCUGAUAUUUCUCAGGGAAAAGGGGCACAUGUUGCCAUGGAAACAGGUUUUGCAGAUAAAAGACUAGAUGACAUUACUGUUGUACGACCUAUCAGGGAUUUUAGUUCCAAAGAAGUGACCUUACACAAUGUACUAAAUGAUGUAGAGUCUGUGUUUAUACCUACUUUGACAACUAAGGCACCACAGAAUACCAGUAUAGAACAUUUAACAGAAUCAUUUAUAACAGGUCUGCAGGCAGAUUAUGGGUCUACUGUCAUGAAUAUUAUGAGGACUGGUGAAAAAUUAAAUACAGAAAUACUUGAUUCCACAGAACAGCAGUGUAUAAUAUGUCAUGCCCCUUUAGAUACAUCAACGGGUAUAGCUUCAGCCCUAAAUGCUGUAGAAUUUUCACAAAAGAUAUCGAGGAAGAAUGAUGAUAAAUCAUCUCCUGAAUGUUGUGGAGAAGGAGACGGAAGUUGUAAUACAAAAUCUGGCAGAUUAAAUAAAGAAGAGGCCUUAUCAACUUUAUGCUAUGGUUGUCGUCUAAUGGUCAAAGACUUGAGUGAUGUAAACAAACUUCCAGAGUAUAUUCAGCGAGACAUUACAAACAGAGUAAAUAGAUCAAAGAUGAAAGCAGAUAUUCAAGAUUAUUUAUUAGCAGAUGAUUAACAGAUAUCUGUUUUGAUAAAAAAAUAAAUUUCAUUUUAUUGUUGAA